AUGGACGUAACCUGGACAAGCGGCUAUACAUUGAUGAAGCUGUUUCCUUUUGUUGAGUGGGGUUUUAAGGGAGAACAUCAACACUCAGUCACAGCUGGAAACAUGACGGUUCAUCGAAACAGCAUGUGUGGUUCACCAGCACGUACAGUGGGCUGGCGUGAUCCUGGUUUCAUUCACACAAGUUUCUUAAAAGAAUUGUGGCCAAACUCAGUGUACACUUACAAGCUCGGUCAUAGGUUGUUUAAUGGUUCCUAUAUUUGGAGCAAGGUCUACUCUUUCAAGUCUUCACCAUAUCCAGGGCAGGACUCACUUCAACGUAUUAUAGUAUUUGGCGACAUGGGAAAGGCAGAACGUGAUGGUUCAAAUGAAUACAGUAACUAUCAACCUGGUUCACUUAACACAACAGAUCAGCUAAUCAAGGACUUGGAUAACUUCGACAUAGUCUUCCAUAUAGGAGAUCUCCCAUAUGCAAAUGGAUAUAUCUCACAAUGGGAUCAGUUCACAUCAAUGGUGGAGCCCAUUGCAUCAACUGUGCCAUAUAUGAUUGCGAGUGGAAAUCAUGAACGUGACACACCAGGGACAGGGUCCUUCUAUGACACUAAUGAUUCGGGAGGUGAAUGUGGUGUGCUAGCUGAGACCAUGUUUUAUGUUCCCGCUGAUGAGAACAGAGCUAAGUUCUGGUAUUCAACAGAUUAUGGCAUGUUCCACUUCUGUAUAGCUGACACUGAACAUGAUUGGAGGGAGGGUACUGAGCAGUACAAGUUCAUUGAGCAUUGCCUUGCAUCAGCAGACAGGCAAAAACAGCCGUGGUUGAUCUUUGCUGCUCACCGUGUUCUUGGGUAUUCUUCUGACAAAUAUUAUGCCUUGGAGGGCUCAUUUGAAGAGCCCAUGGGAAGGGAAAGCUUGCAGAAGCUUUGGCAGAAAUACAAGGUGGACAUUGCAUUUUAUGGCCAUGUUCACAACUAUGAGAGGAUAUGCCCCAUUUACCAGAAUCAAUGUGUGAACACGGAAAAAUCUCAUUACUCAGGCACUGUGAAUGGAACAAUCCAUGUGGUGGUAGGCGGUGGAGGAAGCCACCUGUCAGAGUUCAGCUCACUGCAGACUCCAUGGAGUCUUUACAGAGAUUAUGACUUUGGAUUUGUGAAAUUGACUGCAUUUAAUCACUCUUCACUUCUGUUUGAGUACAAGAAGAGCAGUGAUGGAAAGGUCUAUGACUCCUUCACCAUCUCAAGGGACUACAGGGAUGUCUUGGCCUGUGUUCAUGAUGGUUGUGAACCCACCACUUUGGCUACCUGAUCUCAAUAUUCUAUACUCUUUCUUCCAUGACUACUGUGGUGAAUAUAGAUGAAGACUAUUGUGUUGAAUAUGUUUUCACCCGUAUUGAAAAUAAUUAUGGAUGUGGUUGAUUAGUCAUUUUUCAAUAAAAAAUAAAUCAUUGUACGUGACACAUUCUGUAGAA